GUUACGUAAAACGACGAAAGGCAAAAAAGAUUGGGAAAAAUAGCUAGCUCGAAAGAGAGAACGAGCAACCCCGAGAAUACAAGGCCGUCGCGAAGGAUCGGCGCUGCGUCGCUCUCGAACGGCGGAUUCGCCGGUUGUACCUUAUAUGGCGCGAAGGUUCGCGCAAAUGCCCGCUAUCGUCUUCCAAUCUGGCAAAACCGGCCUUCGAGCACGCGAUUGCCGCGGCCCGUUUCAACGUUUCGCAACCCCGCGACAAGCGUCACGCUUCCCGACGAGCUUUCCGCGAUUCACCGACAUCGCGGUCAAUGUCGCGAAAAUGCGCCGUAAAGUUCGAUCGUCAAUUUCGCGAUAAGCGAACGCGUUAAAGGUCGCCCGGUCACGAGGUUGCGACCAACCAACGAUAUACGAUGAGCGCGCGCUUCCUCGCUCGAAACGUCGUUUAACCCGAUCGCGCGAUCCAAGAAGUCUGAAACGGCAACGUGGAACCGUUCACGAAUCGUUCUGCUCGCUUUACGAGAGAAAGAGUCGACGAAAGGGUAAGACAGAUAGCGAUACGGAUGACGGCGCGUUCGCCAAAGAACGCCGUGGCGAAUUCGACGUCGGCGGGUCUUCGUUAAGAACGAAAAGAUACGGAGCGGGGAACGCGGCGAGUCGAGGCGUGGCGAUGCAUAAACUGUCGCACUCGACGAACUCGCGAAACGUGUUUGCGCAGUCACGUUGGCAACAGCAGUGGGGAAUUACUUCCAUUGGACGAUAGUCGCGUCGCGUCCAGUUGCGUCGGGUUGCGUCACGCCGCGUCGAGUUUGCGCAAACCGACUCGAACGCGAUCAAACGCGAACAGUCUCGGCUCCAAAGAAUCGGUCAAACGUUCGCGUUUCGAGAUAUUCCCGAACGAGGAUCCCUCGAGUUUACGUAUGCGCAAACAUCGUACGACGAUUCUCCGUUCAUCGCGUAUUCUUUCUUUCGAGCGAACAAAUUCUGGACAAAAGCGUCGCGGGGCUCGUUGGCGCGUAUCGAAAAGCGCGGGCGAGUUAUCGCGAAGGUUCACGUGACCGUUGCGUCGCGUCGCGUUGCGUUGGUGCGAUCAUGGGUGCAGUCGAACGCAAACGAUCCGGCAACAGCGUAGUUUGAGCAAACGCGUAGAUACCGUGUCCGGCGAUCGAGGAUCGUCCGUUCGAGAAGCGGCUAAGAAGAUCGGUCUGGAUUCGGGGGACCGUUGGCUCCUCAGUCGAUCGUCGAGAGCCGAGGCUGUUAGCGUUUCACGGUUCGCCGCGUCGACGACGGAUCGAAUAAAUCUCCGAGCGGAUCAGCACGAAGAAUAAGGAGACAACGAUGUCGUCGUCGGAUUUGGUCGGCUACACGCACGAUUUUUUAGCGGAAUUCAUUCAGCUGUACCGAAGCUAUCCCUGCUUGUGGCAGGUCAGGUACAAAGGAUACAAGGACAGGUUGCUCAGAAACCGCGCUUACGACGCGCUCGUGCAGAAAUUGAGGGAAGUGAAUCCGAUCGCGAACAGAGAGACCGUCAUACGAAAGAUCAACACUCUUAGAACCGCGUUCAGAAGAGAGUACAAGAAGGUGCGAACCUCUCAAAAGAUGGUUAAAAAUCCUCGACAACGGUACAGGUCUUCGUUGUGGUACUACGAUAUAUUAAAAUUCGUCGCGGAGCAGAACGAGGCGAGCCCGUUCGACGACGAGGACAGGGACCUCGCGAACGCUACGGCAUCGAUGGAUCUCUGUCAAGAGGAGAUGUCCGUGCAUACCGACGUAGACAAGAUCGAGCCACCGUCGCCCGUACCGACCCCGGAAGCUAGCCCGGUCCCGACCUUCCAGCCCGUGAUCUUGGAAACCGAGGGUUCGUACGCGAGAAGAAUCUCCUGUUCCACGACGACCGAGCCCUUUCGAAGGAAAUGUCAGCUGGAAACUUAUCAAGACCGUCAAACGAGGGAAUCGAAUCGCGAACUUUCGCCGAAACCGUUCGCUAGCCGCGCGACGGACGAUGAUUUCGAAACGUUCGGUCGUUACGUGGCCAGCAAAUUGAGAAAAUCGAUGCCUCGCCAGAGCAUCAUCGCCGAGAAGAUAAUCGCCGAUGUUCUUUUACGAGCCAAUCUUGGCACCUUGGAGGAAACCACUUGCCUCACGGAGAAAGUACCCUCUCGUUGCUUCUUGGUUAUGGGCGAUCGUUGAUCCACGAUUCGCACCGAAUCGAUGUCCAGAAUUCGCGAUCGUCGCCAAAAGCGACAAUAUGUAACGCGACGAUCGUCGAUAAAUCAGAAAACUACGUCGCGCUAGAUUACGUGUCUUCCAUCGUACGAACGUUCGUACGCGAACACGUUCCGGUCGUGUGCAUCUUCCUUUUUAACAGUUCCAAACUUUUGCCACAAAAGUUUUAGCGUAAUCGCGAUAAAACGUUAUCGCGCGUAAGCGUGUUAUCCACGGACAGAGUCAAGCGAUAGCCGCUUUCGAUUUCUUCGAACUUCCUUUCGAACUAAAGAACCUUUACUCUCUCGUUUUUCCUUCGAAUUCGCAUCGAAUGUCGUUUUCGAUUCGUAACGCACGAAAGUUCGAUCGUAUUCGCGAUUAAAUUCCGGUAAAGAUUUCUCGAUUACGAUUCGAGUGCUCGAAGUAAGAGGUUAUUUUUCGACCGGAGGAAACCGCGUUACAUAGCGCUUUUCUCUCUUUCGCCGAUCGGGAAACGUUCUCGUCUACGAAUUUCAAUCGAUGCGAACGACUACGAUUUACCGAAAAAAUUUCUGAUACAAUGUCACCUGUAUAUUAGAGGCGAAACUGACGCGAAGACGAGGUGGCCGAGUGGUUAAGGCGUUGGACUGCUAAUCCAAUGUGCUCUGCACGCGUGGGUUCGAAUCCCAUCCUCGUCGAUAAACGACAUUUUUUUGCUCGUAUCGUUCGUCUCGCGAUCGAUCCGAUCCGAUAUAUUUAAGCGGCUUCUUUAUUUUAUUUCAUAUAAUUGCAUCGUCUGGAGGGAAAGCGUAGUUACCGAACUCGAGCGUUGCAAACGUUGCGAGUCACUGAUACUCACGAAUACUCCGGAGAUACUUGCGACGUCCAAGACGGUUCGUUACGAAUAUACGAAAUACGAUGUUACACGUAUAUCAUAUUAUGAUGUAUUAGAUAAUACGGUUGAGGCCGAUGAGCUAUAAAUAAAUAAAUUGUACCAUU